UAGGUGCGGAGGGGGGCGUGGCCUGCGGCCAGCCUGGCUGCGGCGCUGGAGAAGAGACGCGCCACACGGAUCUGGAUCAUCGUCCCGUCGUCAUCAUCGUCUGACUCGCCUUCCACACCGGCCUCGGGGCGUCUGUGCUGCCAUGUUGCUGCUGGACCUUCUCCUCUCUCUCCUGUUGCUGGGCUACGGUUGCCGGGCGGCCGACAUUCCGGAGGACACAGCGGCGGCAGACUUCUCGGUGCGACUGUACCAUCAGCUGCAGGCGGCGGGGGGGCAGGACAACAUCAUCUUUUCCCCGCUGAGCGUGGCUGUGGCGCUGGGCAUGGUGGAGCUGGGAGCCAGGGGAGCAUCGCUGCAGGAGAUCAAGGAGACGGUGGGAUUCAGCAGCCUGCAGCCAGGCUCCGACUUGGCUCAGCUCCUCCAGAACCUGAGGCCCGCUCUUUCGGACGAGGAGCCCCACUACGUCGUCCGCCUGGCCAACGGCCUCUUCCUGCAAGAGGGCGUGGCAUUUAAGCCCGAGUUCCUGCGUCUGAUGACCAAGUAUUUCCGCGCCAGCGUGGACACGGUGGACUUCGGUCAGUCGGCAGCUGUGGCGGAGCAGAUCAACGGCUGGGUGGAGAACCACACUGAGAGUAAAAUCCACAACCUCACCUCUGCUGAGGACUUCAGCAGCCUGACGCGGCUGACUCUGGUGAAUGCUGUCUACUUCAGAGGCUCCUGGAAGAACCAGUUCAAGCCCGAGAACACCAGGACCUUCUCCUUCAGCAGAGACGACGGCUCGGAGGUCCAGACGCUCAUGAUGUACCAGCAGGGAGACUUCUACUACGGCGAGUUCAACGACGGCUCCCAGGAAGCCAGUGGCAUGUACCAGGUGCUGGAGAUGCCGUACGAGGGAGAAGACAUGUCCAUGAUGAUCGUCCUGCCCAGACAGGAAGUCCCGCUGGCGUCGCUGGAGCCCAUCAUCAAAGCCUCUUUAAUCGAGGAGUGGGCUGCCAACGUCAAAUAUCAGAAGGUGGAAGUCUACCUGCCCAGGUUCAAAGUGGAGCAGAAGCUGGACCUCAGGAAGCUUCUUCAGCCGCUGGGCAUCAGCAGGAUCUUCAGCGGCGCCGCAGAUCUCUCUGCCAUGACAGGUGCUGAGGACCUUUACAUCUCCGGGGCUGUGCAGAAGGCCUACCUGGAGGUCACCGAGGAGGGAGCAGAAGGAGCAUCUGGCUCGGGAAUGAUUGCCACAUCCCGAAACCUGGUGCUGUACCCCCAAGUCAUGGCGGACCACCCCUUCUUUUUCAUCAUCAGAAGUCGGAGAACAGGGUCCAUCCUGUUCAUGGGGAGAGUCCUGACCCCCGAAGUCAUGGAGACCAGCGACCACGACCUGGACUCCAUGUAACCCCUCCGCUCCUGCUGCCACCAUACGGGCCGUCUUUUAUACUCUUUGUGAGACCUGAAGUCGAUAUAGCGAGAUAUAUUACGUGUGAAACAUGAAAGUACGUUGGCCUGUGUUUUGAUCCUGGAGGACCAAAGGCUUGGUUUGGGCUGGGGGGUGUGGUGUGGUGUGGUGGAUAUGCCCUUAUAAAAGUGAGGAAUCCAUGCAGAGCCCCUUUAGCUGCAUCAGUCUGCUCACUCCGUUCUCUGACCGAAGCACCCUCACGGCAGCAGGGUGGCAGGCCUAAACACGCCGACCGCAGACUGGAAAAGACCUGCCACACACCAGCUGUAUUCACUCUUUGGCUCAAUAAAACAUGAAGGUGUCACCA